AUGUUGCCUUUUCUGUGAAUAUACCUAUUUGAGAAAUGGUAAGUAAAAAAUGGUAAGUGUGAAAUAUUAAUGAAAGCAAUCUCAAUAUUAUUCAUUUUAUGAAGUGGUGGACCCCGGCCAAAAUGUCAUGACCAUCACUAGAUGGUGCUGGAGGCACUGCCAGCACAAACAAUCCAGGGCUUCUAUGGUAGUGAAGCUGAAGCCGGAAAUGUAAUGUCUUUGUUGAUUAAAUCACAACAGCAUCAAGAGAACCAACAUUUUCCAGAGACUCAGCAGCAACAACCAACAACAGCGGCAGCAGCUGCAACAACAGCAGCAACAACAGCAGCAACAGCAGCAACAGCAGCAGCAACAACAACAUCAACAGCAGCAGCAACCUGGACAACAACAGAGAUGGCAGCAGCAACAUCGACAAGGACAACAAAGAAAAUGCAGUUGAUGGACAGCUGGAGCUGUUGGAGAUUGAGGGGGAGAUGGAAUAUAAAAAUUGAGCUGCAUCAACUCACGGUCCCGGAAAACACACUCUCUACCGAGGGCAGCACCCCCUAG